GUUGGCAAUGAUUUCGACAAAAAUGAACGUGACAAUUGCAAUCGUUUCCAAAUGCAUACAAUUCAAUUGAAAUCAUCAUGGAUUUCUUUUUUUCAUUAAAGGAAAUCAAUUGUGCCGAAAUCAAAAUAAUCACACUGACACGCCAAAAUGUGGGACAUUUCGUUGAUUUUUCACGAAAAACAAGAGGGUAGACUGUGUGCUCAGCACUGUUUGAACGCGAUAUUACAGGGAUCAUAUUUCACAGCUGUUGAUUUAAGCGAAAUAGCAAUGGGACUGGAUGAAGAAGAGCGCCAGCAGAUGUCGGAAAAUGAAAAAGGUGUUGAAUCGGAAGACUAUAAAAAAUUUAUGCAACAAGAAUCGGGCAAUAUGGACGAUACGGGAUUCUUUUCGGUUCAAGUGAUUAGCAAAGCGCUGGCGUUAUGGAACUUGGAAUUAGUGCCGUUGAACAGUAGCGAUGGGAUUGCCAAAGACAUUCGUGUAAAUCCGACCAAAGCUCAAGCAUAUAUUUUCAAUAUGGAAAGCCAUUGGUAUUGCAUUCGUCGAUUCCGAUGUGAUUCCACGCAACGACCACCGUCAAACGAAACCUACGCUUACUUCAAUCUCGAUUCACUGCUCAGUCGACCGGAUUACAUGAGCAGCUCAUUUUUGACCGAAUAUCUCAAACAAAUGCAGAACGAAGGUUAUUCAAUAUUUGUGGUGAGUGGCGAUUUCCCCGAAUGUGCGGCCGAACCACUCAAAUAUUUGCCAAAUGCCGUCAUUCCGCCUCCCACACACUUCAUCGAUCUGACCAAGUCGGAUUCGAAGGCGUCCAAUGCAUCUGAAAAUGAUGAAGACAUUCAACGUGCCAUCCAAUUGAGCCUUGCCGAAUACACCAACAAGUAUGACCGAUACAUGCCGAGCGAAUGUAUGGCAGGCAGCAGCAGUGGUGGCCCAUCAACAUCAUCCAACACCAGCAGCGAUAGUAAAAGUGACACCAAUUCCGAUUUGGAUGCUGCGCUAAAACUGAGUCUCGAAUGUUUUAGUGGAACCGGGCAAGAGUUAAGCGAAUCAAAUAAAAAGGAGAAUCUGACGCAAAAUCAACUGCGAGACAAGCGAUUGGCAUAUUUUAGUACAAUGUCCUCGAAUGACAAAUAGAUGUGUGAUCGAUGAUCAAUUAAAACGACAAUUUUUCGUGUUUAUUUUUUAUUAAUUGUCACAAAACUAAAAAAAGAAAAAUCUACUCGAAAACAAUUUUUUUCUAGUUAAACUAUUUUAUCCUAGACGCAUGAUCACAAUCGUGAACGGAUCUUCUUACACAAAUGCAGAUCGUACAUGAUUGUACACGUUUUUUGGAAAUAGUUUCCUUUUAUACACAUAUAUGAAUUAACAGGAUUAACAAUUGUGUUUUUAACUAAGAAAUGAAGAAAAAGAAGAAGAAAAAUGGAGAAACAGUGAAGCGUGUGACUCUAAUUUAUUCGUUGUUAUAAGUUUAAGUUGGAAUUACGAGAAUAUUUGUACAGAGUUCUAGAAUUAACAAUGCGUUGCAAUCAUAAAAAAAACAACCAAUUAAAAGAUGUGCCUUUGAAGCCAAAACCACACAUUUGAAUUGACAAAAGAAAAAAUAAAAUCAAAAGCACCGGAAUCGACCGAUAAAUCAAACGAAA